AUGGCAUUCGAGAAUUUCGCCCCGACUUUGGCCCGUAUCUUCCACUCACUGCAAACGUGGCUGAUGCCAUUCAAGCUGCCUCUAAAUGAAGACGUCCACAUGUUGGGUCGGACCUAUCCCCCACCCGUCGUAGACGCCAAAUGCAGCACCGCUCCGCCGCCCGAGGACAGCCCGUUGUAUCGUGCUUAUGUGGACAUUAUUCUUUUCACUUACCGUUGUGCGUUCGAGCCCAUCGAGGGCUGUGUCGGGCCCACCAGUGUCAGCGAUAAAGGAUGGGGCUGUGCGAUUCGCGCUACUCAAAUGCUGUUGGCCCAAGCUGUUAAAAUGGCUGGAAAAGGUGAGGCAGGAUGCUUAUUCUCCAGUGACAUUAUUCUGCAGAUGCUGACGAUAGCGUCGUGUUGA